GGUGAAUGUGAUGUGUCUCGCGCUCUGUUCACUCGGUUGAUGAUUUGACAGCAAUGUGCCUCUGCUUCAGAUUUGAUCAACUGUCGGAAGACGAACGGAAGCUGACACUGGAGCUCAACUUUCUCACCACCAAAGUCCAAUCGUGGGAUUCACUGCCCGAAGACUCCAGCGACCAUCAUGGAGGGGCCGAGUCGAAUUCACUGGCCCACAUCCUGGCGAAAGGAGCAAAGCCUGUCCGACUCAGCAGCGCCGGUGGUCUCCCUAACCAGAUUGCCGAGUUUAAUGACUUUCUGACCAAACAUGGCGGUCACAGCGGCGGAUGGGAUGAUCUUAGCCACAGUGCAUUUGUCAAGAUCUGGCACAAAAACAAGGGCGAGCACGACAAAGUGGUCGGCACAUGCAUCGUGCAGAUUCCGGGGGUCAGUGUGCAAGACAUCGAAAGACAUACGCGAUGGUUCGAAAAGUAUCUCCAGCUUCUUGAGGCCAAGAAGCAUGCCAUAUCUCAGUGGAAAGUCCAAAAAUCGGAGUUGAACAAAGGCGCAGAGCAAGACUUGGGCAGUCGACUCGAGGAAGACGCGCGAGUGAGCAUGGCCGUACACCGAAGAGCCGCCCGCGAUAGCGCCAGGGUGAAAGCCAGCCUAGAGAUGUGGAGGGCAAAGAAGCAGCAACUUGAGCUGGAAAAGAGACAAAUGGAGGAGACCGAAAAGAAGGAUGCCAAUGCGCAACACACAAAAUGGAAGCAGCGGCACAUUGCCACAAAGAAAAAAGUUGCGGCUUAUAUCGAAAACAAGGAAGCAGAGGAGCAGCUGAAGCGUCUGAUCACAAGUGCAUCGGAGAUUGUGUCGCGACAGUCGAGGAUGGAAACUGAGCGAGAAGAGCUCGCCAAGCUUUCGCAGAGAGACAUGCGGAUUGCAGAGAAAAGAAAGCAGAAAAUCGAGGCCAAACGGCUCCCUCAAAAGGAGAAGGAAAAGCGAAUUGAAUCACUAUUGGCCCAGGUUGUCGUUCAUGCCAAGCCAGAUCCAUCCAGGAUCAUGCAGUUGACUGAAGGCCUGAAACAUCGCCUGUCGUCCAGCCCGGAACAGGACAGGGAGGCAGCCGAUAAGGUCCGGCGCCAGUUUGAGCCGCCAAAUUUGCGGCAAGUCAGAUUCACGCCACAGUGGCGCAGAGGAAUAAGCUGAUUUCUAUCAGAAACCAAAGCUACUGCAGCGCUACUGGACAGUUUUAGAAUCGAGGAACACCAAGGUCUUUGAUGAGCGACCAAAU